AUUUCUUACCAAACAAAACGAAGUCUGGUUCUACAAUUUUAGAGAGAGAAAGAAAGAGUUUUAGAGAGAGAGAGAGAGAGAGAGGGUUUUGCUUUCAUUUGCUUGAAGCUUGUUCUCUGUUUAUUGGUGUUUUGUUGGUUCAAUUUGUAGGUGAAAAUGGCAAAUUGUGUGGAAAAGGAGACUCGAAGUGGACCUAGCGACGACGUCGUCUCUGUCGAGCUUCCAGCCCCUCCUACUUGGAAGAAAUUGUUCAUGCCAAAGAGAGGAGGUACUCCAAGGAAGACUAAGAUAGUAUUUAUUGCUCCGACAGGGGAGGAGAUUAACAACAAAAAACAGUUGGAGCAGUACCUAAAAUCACAUCCUGGUAAUCCUGCGGUAUCCGAGUUUGAUUGGGGCACUGGUGAGACUCCAAGGAGAUCAGGGCGGAUAAGUGCAAAGGCUAAGGCAAUGCCGCCAUCGGCUGAAAGCGAGCCACCAAAGAAACGAGGCCGUAAAUCAUCAGGUUCUAAGGAUAGCAAGGACACAGAAGCCACCGCUGAGGAAAUCGAAGGUAAAAAAGAAGUCGAAAUGCAAGAUGUGGUUGUCACUGAGAAGGUUGCUGGAGAAGAUGGUCCCACAGAAAAUCAGGCUGAGAAUGGGGGUAACCAAGAUACCAAAAUGCAAGAAAUUGGUCUGGAGAUUCAGAAUGAUUUUCAGGAAACCAAGACUGGUGUAGUAAAGGCAACAGGGGACAAACAAACUGAUGAAGCUAGUGGUGUUGAAGUUACCCGGAAUGAAGACGUAAGUGUAGAAGACAAACAGGUUUUGGAAGAAGUGGAGCAACCACAGAAUGAAACUGUAGAAGUUAGUGGUACAAGCGAUGAGAAACAGGACAAACCUGAAAAUGUCACAGUGCAGAUAGAGAAUGAAGAAGAGCAAGAGAAACCCAAUGGCGUUGCACCUUCGUUUGGAGAAGAUAUUGAAGAGACUAGGGAAGGGCAAGAGAGUGAUACUAAAUUUAAUCUGCAGGUGGAGGAGAAAGGCGAGAAAGUGGAUGACAAGGUUAACCAACCUGAGCGAGCCGAAGAUAUUGAAGAGACAAGGGAAGGGCAAGAGAGUGAUACUAAAUUUAAUCUGCAGGUGGAGGAGAAAGGCGAGAAGGUGGAUGGCAAGGUUAACCAACCUGAGCAAGCCGAAGCUAUUGAAGAGACAAGGGAAGGGCAAGAGAGUGAUACUAAAUUUAGUCUGCUGGUGGAGGAGAAAGGCGAGAAAGUGGAUGGCAAGGUUAACCAACCUGAGCAAGCCGAAGCUAUUGAAGAGACAAGGGAAGGGCAAGAGAGUGAUACUAAAUUUAAUCUGCAGGUGGAGGAGAAAGGCGAGAAAGUGGAUGGCAAGGUUAACCAACCUGAGCGAGCCAAUGCUGCACACCAUUCAACUCUGUCACCAGUUAGCUGCUAGAUGUACUACCAUUUCCACAACUUCUUUUUGUUACAUCUCUGAUGCCUCUUUGACUUGAAUUUCUUGGAUGACUGUAAUAUUAAAUGUUAAUUAAUGCUAGAUUUGAUUGAAGCUUAGAUUUGUUUUCUGUAGACAUCUUAUUGACUUUCUAUUGGGUACUUAUUUACUUAAAUAAUCUUAGUGUCAUGGCCUUGCUUA